AUGGUACCAAACACGUGUAAUGCCAUGACAACGGUGGCACAUCAAAUGUUGAAGAUGAAGCAACAACAAGAACAUCACCAAAAUAACAACAACCAUCACCCGAUACACGCUCAUAACGUGGUGAUAGAAGACAAAAAUUCGCAUGAAUUUACGUAUAUUAAAAACUCAGCAGCCCACGCUCAAGACAAGGCUGAAUUUUCUAAUAUACUGAUUAACGACCAAGAUUUCGCAAGCGGAAAUUCAAGGAGGACGUACCUACAACAACUUAAAGACAAAUUUGUAAAUACUCACAAAGGAAAUCUCCACUUUGAUAUUAAACUUGACGAUGAAGAGGAAGACGAUGAGGAUGAUGAAGACCAUAACAAGAAUGACUCCUCUUCUUCGAAUAUUAACAUAAUUGCAUCAGAAAUGAUGACGACUGAUUUAGAACAGCAAAAACAUGCACAAACUGAUGAAGAUUUUGGAGAAGACGAUGACAACAUGCACCUUGAAACUAUUUCUGUAACACUCAACAGAAAUCCAUCUUUAACCAAUGGUGAUAAUGUACAUAAUAAUGAUGACACCAAUAACAAUGUAGGACCAUCAUCAACAUCAUCAUCCUCUACAUCAUCUUCAAAGAGCAAUGCUGGGAUGCUCAAUAGUGGCAGUGCAGCUUCCACAAGCGGUAGUUCUAUUGAGAGCUCUACGUAUAUGACUGAAAACACAAAAGUGAAGCUUAUAUUUGACCCACCCAUGUUGGAUUAUGAGGAUAGACCCCUCUGCAAUCCAAUUGCCAAAACGUUUACAAUCACAAAAGAAGCUGCCGAUGACGAUUCUCAACAACCGUUACAAGUAACCGCUAACGCUAAAACGAUCCGAAGGGUCAAUAAUUGUUCAUACAAACUUUGGUUCCUAUGUCUACAAGCCUAUGGAGGUGGUAUUGAAAAUGCAUACAACAUCAAACCGAUUCUUGGAUACAAACUUCCUGUAGGAGCAGAUUAUAGAAAGCCAAUUUACAUGCACAAUCCUCAUCAAAAUGAAACUCUUCUCAUCAAAGAAAUUUAUACAAGUGAGGAUUUUCUAUUAUUGAGUUUACCUGAUCAAAAUAGUAAUGAGAAAAACUUACAGAAAAAGAAUUUAUUGUUGUCACUAUGGAAGUUAGAGCCACAACAAACAAAAUCAAUAAUUUUAUUGAACUUCCAUGCAACUCAGCCAAAAACACAUACAGGAUUUGUUCACAUCAAUACCAAUCGUGGUCAAUUUAUAAUUCCAGUUGAAUUUGUUGUUUCAAAGAAUGGUGUACACCGGGUAGCAGAAGAAAUUGAUUUUGGAACUUUUAUUACUCUCAACGAAAAGAGGACACGUGAUGUUGUUUUACUCAACUCUUCACCACAUCCUGUUAUGGUAUAUGAAGCCUCAGUAUCAUCUCCAGAUACCACCAAUUUAAAGUUAGAAUUUCAAAAGAAUAUCAUGCAAGAGGGUUCAAUAGUUGCAGUAGCCAAAUUGGUUUUGACUUCUCAAUCUCAAGGAGACAUUUCUGGAAAAAUUAUUUUCAAGACCAACGAUACAAACAGUGACAAUAUGGGAAUUAUUGAAGUUCCUUAUCGCGCUCGUAAUGUUAUUGGUACUUUGGAUUACCGAAUGAAUAACACCGCUUUUUAUACUGGUGAUGGAAAAGAAAAGACUCAUGAAAUGGUGCUUAUCAAUGGAUUUCAGCUUCCAAUCAAAUUCAUCUCGUGUGAUAUAUUUGACAAGCAGUUCACUAUUGAAGAUUUCGUUCAAGGUGCUAUACUACAGCCCAAUGAAAAGAAGAAGAUUCUUUCGAUCCGAUACUCACCUGGCGAAAAUGAUGCUGCUGUGCGCAAGACCAAUUUAAUACUUCAUACAAAUGUUACUAGAUUGUAUAUUCCUCUCUAUACCUAUCAUGGAAACCUGGAUCACCUACCAAUUGAUACUGAAAAGAAUAUUCUUGAUGCUGAUAGAGCAAAUGAAGGAAUCAACUUGGGUAUUUUGAGCUUGAGUAGUAGAAAAAUUCAUUACUUUGCAAUUUCCAACACAAAUCCUGUACCAAUCAAAAUUACUGACUGGAAAGUGAUGGGAAUGGCAAAUAAGAAAUCAAGUAUCUCUAUAUCUUACGUUAAAUCAUUCCAUCCAAGCGACGAGUUACGCUCACUACCUACUUUUAAACCAACAAAACUCAGUGACAGUAUCAAUAACAAACAUUUGGAAGGAGCAAAAGAUUCAUUUAUUUUUGCCAUUCUUCCAAAUCAGAAGGUUAUCAUGAAAAUUGAUAUUUAUACACCAACAUCAGAUGAGGAACAAAAUGGUUAUAUUGAAUUUGUGACUCAGACCAAAAAUUUAGUAAUACCAUUGAAGUUUCUCUGCAUGGAAGGUAGCUUGUCUUUCACGAACCAACUACCAUUUGAUCCUACUUUCCCUGGAAAAAUUCAAAAGAAAAAUAUUUAUGCAACCAAUACUUUUGGAAGAGCCAUCACCAUUACUGGUUUUAAGUCAAACGAUGAAAGAUUCAUUCCACAUAUCACUCACAAAACUAUUGAAGCUAAUCAGAAGAUGAAUAUUGGUUACGUAAUUUUGGAUGCAUCAAAAGUACCAAAAGAAAAGAAUUACAUGCUUGAUGAUGGUAAGAUGUAUUCAAACAAUUAUUCAAAGAAAAUUUCUUCCAUCUCCUCUGAAGAAUUUACCAAAUAUAGAUGGAGAAAUGGACUUUUUGAUGAAAUCAAGAAUGCAGGACAAACCAAUGUUAUUGCAUCAGUUUCUAUUGACACAGACAUUGGAAUUAAUUGCAAUAUUAAUGUUUCAACAACUUUGGAAUAUCCAAAGCUGUCUCCAACACGUCAAAUAUCAUUCAAAUUGACACAUAUUGGAUCCAGUGUUUCUCAAUAUCUCACUGUUGAAAAUCCUUCGGAUCAGUUCAUUUCUCUCCAAUUAAUUCUGGGAAAUGGCUCUUUGGCCAAAUUUUUGCAACGUAAUGCAAAAGGCACACUACCAAAGAAUGACAUCCAAGGCGACAAGUCAUACACUGAAUUCAGACUACCCAAAGACGGAAUGACCUCUGCGAACAUACCUCCUCAUAGGCAUGCAAGCUUGGGACCAAUCAUUUUCACACCCAAGUCCGAUUCGACUGAAUCUGUUGCCUAUCUCUACAUUCGAAAUAAUCUCACCAUAUUUGAUAUUGUGAAAUUGAGCGGAAUUGGAGGAUCUUCAAAACUUGUAUUCAGCGGAGAGAAUGGAAACGAUUUAACUUCCCUAAAAUUUGAAAUUAAGGAAUCACAAUUGGGUACAUGGGACAAUUAUACAAAUAGAUUCGUUCAAAACAAUUACAGUAGCAGCAAUGGAAGCGAUGAAACAUCCAAGACAACCACAGAACUCGUAUUCCAUAAGAAGUUUACUCUACAAAACAAGGGAAAUAUGCCCAUCACCAUUCUGAGCAGUAGUAUUGAAAAUAUGGGAUGCAGUGCGUAUGGAGUGAAAAUUCAUAAGUGUGGAAGAUUUGACCUACAACCAGGACAAAGUACAAGUUUUAAAAUUUCUUACAAACCUGAUUUUACCACUGCAGUUGUAGAUUUAUUUAUUAGGUUUAAUACCGAUCAAGGAAAGAUGUCCUUCCCAAUUCGCUUCACUCUACCAUACAAUGUACUUCCCUAUUUCUAUGAAACACAGCCACUGAGCACUGGUCACAGACUGUUUAGAGUAGCAGCCACUUUUAUUGUUUUGACUUUGGCAGUUUAUAUCAUCUUUAGAGCAUGUCGGGAGUUGAAGACACUUGAUUCGACUGAUAACGAGCUCCCUUCUUCCAUCAGUGAAUUUCUUAAACCUAAUUUUUCUUCUUUCCCUUUCAUUACUUUCCCAUCUACAGAUGUUGAGAAACAACAAGUGAACACUAGUGGCGGUACCAAUGCCAUCAACAAGGAUGGAGAUGAUCAUGAAAAGACAUCCACAGAAGAUGAUUCGAAUCGAAAGAAGAAGACUGAAAAGAAGAAGAAACAAGCCACAACAAGCUCAACUACACAGAAAACUCCAACUGCCAGCUUUUCAAAGACUUUAGAAAAAAGUAAUGUUUCGUCUUCUAAGAAACCAAAACCUACAAAGACAACCAGCACUUCCAUGAACCAUAGCUCGUCAGAAGAUGACGAGAAUAAGCUUGUUGAAGUUGUGACGUCAGACUUUAUAGAAGUUCAAGGCAAAUCUAGUACAAUGACUCACGAACAAGAGCACCCAAUGCAAUCAACAUUGGCAAGAGAAAAUUCAGAGCAGUCUUCUCAAACCUCUUCGACCAGUGUAAGCACAACUUCAAAUGCAGGUAACUCUUCUUCAACCAGCAUGGUUCAACACUCAAAGAAGCAGCCCUACAGUGACGAUAAGAAUAUAACAAACACGUAUGGCAGUACCAAUGUUGCAUAUCAAGAUCAUACCGCAGCAGAGGACAUGAGCCAUUCAUCAUCAUCGUCAAGCUACGAAAGCAAGGGAACAACUCACAAGCCACAAUUUAUUACAAAGAAAUAUCAACAAGACGGCAACACCACUGCUACUACAUCUAAAAAGCAGCCGUUUGACAAGAAGCAACAAAUCAAGAAGAAGUUCAACGAAAAUGAACCACUUAUCAUCAAGCCAAAAACAUUUGUUGCAGUUCCAAACAACACAUCUUCAGGAAAUGAGAAACCAAAAUUCUAUGCAGUUAAACCAGCAUCGCAUUCGAUGAAUGGCGGCGUAGAUCAUGGAAAUACUGACAUGGCUGCUCUCAGCACAAGCAACACGAGAAACUAUGAAUCCACAACCAAUCCAUUGUCAGGAAGCCGAAGCAGGACUCCAAACUCCAAUGAAAUGGCCAGAUUCACCCGAGAGAGUCCACUCAUGAAAACUCCAGAGCCAGUUGUGACCAGUGCAAAUAACCAUAUUGGCUCGCAACAACAACAUUUGAAAAAUCCUCAACAAUCAAAUAUUUCUCCAAGUCUCGAUAAUUUGCUAAAUCAAGCAACUAGAGAAAGAUCCACUUCUGACUCUGCCACCUACAAACCUCUCACUCUCAAUACUGUUGCAUCUUCAAUUUCUGAGCCACAAACAAUGACGAGCAGUAGUAAUUUGGAUGAAAAGAGCACAACCACGACAGGCAGUGUCACCAGUGAUGACCAAGCUCUCUAUGGAAGCAUUGGAAGUAAUUUGAGCGGAUUAUUGAAUGACAAUUGCAGCACUCCUUCACCAGCCACCAACAAUGUCACCACUGAUUUUACUAAUGAUCUAUUGAGAAGUGUGUCCGUUUCUCCUCCUCCACUCAAUCAACCAUCUGCCAUUCCCAGCCAUCAUCCUCCAAGAGAACAAGUAGGAGUCAUUGGUAACAAUGCAAGAAAGGAUCAACAUAGUAAUCCAUUGCAAGUUGGUGGAAUUGGUUCUUCACAACCAUACUGGUUCUUUGGAAGCACACAACCUCAUCAUCAUGGCCUUACGAGUAACACCAGUAACAUGAUUCCACAAGCAAAUACUUCAUUAUUUGGCUCAUCUCCUUACUCUCCACACAAUGGAUUUAUUGGAAGUCCAAAUCCACAGCCAUCAAACACGACCAACAUGACAACCACACCAUUUGGAAUGACAAAUCCACUCAUUAAUCCUACCUUAUCUUACAAUAAUGCUAUGAACAGAAUGGCAUUCCAACAAAGUAGACCAGCAUACUUUUCAUUGUUCGAUUCCAGACCAUUAUUCUCUCCAACGGACCACAAUUCAUUCUUUAGCUUGAGCAAUACCCCACCACAUCAACAACAUUUGCAACGCUCACAAUCGAGCAGUCCAUCUCACAGUGACGGCAGUGGUAAUGCAGAAUAUGGAAGCAUUGGUAUGCAACAACAUCAACAUGGUCAUAGUGGCGCUUCGUCCUUGUUCUCCUAUGGUUUUCCUUACGAGGAUCAAGAUAAAUAA